AUUGAGGGAUGGUACAAACCUUAAUUCACACACGGCACAAUAUAAUAAAAUGCAGCAGGAUCUCUUGAAAUUCUUCUCAUCUUUAUUGCAGAGAAAUGUAUGUUGAUGAAAUAACGGGAACUUUCUACAAGCCAGGAACUAAAAUAAAACCUGGUCAGCUCUGUAAAACACUUCAGUAUAUUUCUGAACAUGGAGGAAAUUCUUUAUAUGAAGGUGAACUUCUACAACAAUUUGCAGAUGAUUUAAAAGAUAUGGGUAGUAUUAUUACAAAACAAGACCUUGAAACAUAUGAAGUACUGUGGAACGAUUCCAUUCCAAUUGAUAUCAAUGGUGAUACAAUGUAUGUAGUUCCGCCACCUGCCAGCGGUAUUCUUCUUAGCUUUAUUGUCAAUAUUUUGAAGAACUAUAAUUUUAAGCCUGAGGAUCUUUCAACUGUUAAGUCUACUAUAAUAACAUACCACCGUAUAAUAGAGGCAUUUAAACAUACCUACGGCAAACGUUCUUUGAUAGGUGAUCCAAGAUUUGUGGAUAUUGAUGAUCUGGUUCGAAAUUUGACAUCACCUGAAUAUGGAGAACUAAUUAGACAAACAAUUGACGAUUCUAGUACAAAACAUAACCCUCAGGACUACGGUGGACAAUUCUUCAUGAAAGAUAGCCACGGGACUGCUCAUAUAUCGUUACUAGCCGUCGACAGCUCGAGUAACUUUCCGGAAGGAUUGCAGCAGCUGCAGCAGGAGCAUGAACAAGCAGUUCACUUUAAUGCGCACAAACACAAUUUUCACCCAAUUUUAGGUCCAAAUGGAGACGCAGUGUCGGUGACAAGUUCGAUUAAUUUUUAUUUCGGAGCUGCUUUAACUGGCCAUCGCACUGGUAUAAUCGUAAACAGUGGAAUGGAUGAUUUUUCGUCUCCUGGAUUGAAAAAUUACUUUGGACUUCCUGGUUCAAAACGUAAUUAUAUUCGACCGAAAAAACGAGCGCUGUCGUCAAUGUCCCCAACGAUUAUUGUUGGAAACGAUGGCAAUGUCAAACUAAUAGUCGGUGCUGCUGGAGGAACAAAAAUAACAACAGCGUUGUGUUCCAGUAAACCUUUCUUGCUUAACCUAUUCUUGGGUGACCUGGAUUUUGAGGCUUAUUAUAAGAUUUUACACUGACGGGGUUAUCCUCAUUCGGGUGAUAGUUUAGUCUCGAGUUUAGAGGUACUAUUAAGGUGGAUUUCAAUUUGAAAAAUGCCGAGGAUAUACGUGGUGAAGGAUGUUGCUCGAGGAAAUUUCAGAAGAGUGGUUUACAUAUCACUGCAUUCUGAAAAAUUAUAGUGUAACGUGCCAGUGCGGUGUUACUCCCAGCACUGAUGAGACCCCCAUCUCCAAGCCUCAGGGUCGGCACACGCUCGUGAUAAUUCCGCGAACCAAGAAAACACUCAAAGUUCACUUAAGACAAACUCCCACUUUAUUCGUUUUGAUGACACUCACUUCACGGACGGUCUCCCACUUCCUUAGAUGUCUACUCCUACCUUGUGCUAGCACUACUCUUCUUCUGUCUUCGGGGCCCCUUCACCUGCCACUGCCGUCGUCGUCGUUCCUCUCCUUCCUCUGCUACCGCAUCACCUUCUUGGGCCAGGGGUGGACGCCUCUACCUGUCCCGUACGCCCCUCGAGUAUGGUGACGGACUCGAGGUUUCAACGAACCACAAGGGUAAGUUGACUUGCCUGGAUUGGUGGCGCACACUGUAGUUGAGGGAUCAGAUUCUCGAACUGCGAUUCGGACACACUACCGGUAAUUGGCGUGGUCGACUCCG